AUGUCGGCAAAGGCGUCUGGCGAAGUCAUUGUAGACUUGGACCCCGCCAUUGUGUACUUCACCUUCUCCCGCAUCCGUGACACAUUCUCAUGUGGCCGCACAAUCGAAAGCACGCUGGAGCAGUUUCUUCGCCGUGAACUGACGCCGCGAGAUCUGCCGCUGUUGUGUGUCCUCACCGACGGCAAGGGGAACUACUACAGCCAGAACAACCGCCGUCUGUUUCUCUACAAGGAGCUGCAGCGGCGCGGCAUGUUGACGACGGUGCCUGUGCGGCUGCGGCAGAUGCCCGACACGCGGCGCAUGCGUGGGAAGUACACCCCUGAGAAGUGCGCACUCCACGCAACGCUGAAGCACGAGGGUGCGGUGCUGCCGCUGCCACAGGACAACUGCAGCGAGGACGAGGACGAGCUGGGAACAGCAGCACCGGCGAAGACAGAGACAUCGGCGUCACCUCAGCAGAAGCAGAAGCAGCGAAGAAAGAAGCAGCCUGGUGGUGGUGGUGGUGCUGGUGUGAGGGCGAUGACGUUGGAGGAGGAGCUCCGUGAGUUGAACGUGUAA